AUGAGUCCGACCUUACCUGGCAGUGCCAUCGAUGGCAUUGCGCCCUCGCAGUUAAAGAGAAGCGACGACAAGGACAUAAUUGCUAGAAAUGACAUCCAGGAGCUUCACAAUAUCGAGCUUUCACACCAAUGGGAUCCAAAUUUACCGCAAGAAAAGCUCGAUGCGAUUAAGGAAGCUGUUCACAGCGGUGAUCAUGAAAAAGCCGCCGAGCUCGACAAAUCCUUUGCGCAGGAUUCGCAGUAUGAAUCUGUGCGUGCAGCCGUGCGCAAUACAGAUGGCGGCGAGGUUGCUAAUACGGUGCGGGCGUGGAUUCUGGGGUUACUUUUUACGACUGUUGGUAGCGGGCUGAACAUGUUUCUGAGUAUGAGGAGCCCUGCUAUCUCGUUCCCCGCCAUUGUUGUGCAGCUGCUGGUCUACCCGAUCGGAUGUUUCUGGGCAAAGGUGGUGCCGACAAAGGUGUUCAAUACCUUUGGAGUGCGAUGGACUUUCAAUACUGGCCCGUUCACUAUCAAGGAGCAUACAGUCAUCACAAUAAUGGCAAAUGUGUCUAUCGGCUAUGCAUAUUGCACGGACGCCCUCUUGGCAUUAAAAGCGAAACCUCUGUACAACGUGGAAAUCGGAUGGGGUUUCCAGCUUCUGUUUGCAUUGAGCAGUCAAGUGGUCGGCAUUGCACUGGCUGGGAUCUUUCGCCGGUUCUUAGUCUGGCCCGCCGCCAUGAUCUGGCCUGGUCAAUUUGCAAACACCGCGCUGUUCCAUGCCCUUCAUGAUCAGCGCCCUUCAAACCCCGCAGAGACCAACGGCUGGAGCAUGUCGCGAUAUAGGUACUUCAUCUACGUCAUGGCGGGAGCUUUUGUCUGGUAUUGGAUUCCCGGUGUCAUUUGGCAAGGGUUGUCAGUCUUUGCAUUUGUGACUUGGAUUCGACCAAACAACGUGGUGUUGAAUCAGCUGUUCGGAGGCUUCUCGGGUCUAUCAUUGAUUCCAAUCACCUUCGACUGGACCUACUCCGCCUAUCUACCAAUAAACACCUCCUCAACCUUCGACAACACCCAAGGAUCCUACAACGUUACCCGAAUUCUCGGCCCGAACUUCUCCUUCGACGUGGAGAAAUACAAAGCAUAUUCUCCCAUGUUCCUCGCGCCGACCUUCGCCCUGAACUACGGCUUGUCGUUCGCCGCACUGACAGCAGCAAUCGUGCACAUCAUCCUCUUCCACCGGAAGGAAAUCUGGCAUCGAUUUACCGCUGCUCGUGAGCAGGAGCCUGAUAUUCACUUAAUAUUGAUGAAGAGGUAUCAGGAGGUUCCGGAGUGGUGGUAUGCGAGUUUGGGGGUGGGGUCUAUCGCGUUGGGUCUGUGGGGCAUUCUGGCUUAUGAUUCCCAGCUUCCUUGGUGGGGACUCUUUGUCUCUAUUAUCAUUGCGGCUGUUUUCAUUGUUCCGACGUCUCUGAAUGUCCUGUCGCCAUUCCUGGCUGGAUUCAUGAUCCCAGGAAAACCGAUCGGUGUCAUGGUUUUCAAGGUUUUCAGCACCAUCACCCUGGGACAAGCGCAAUACUUCUGCCAGGACCUCAAGAUCGCGCACUACAUGAAGAUUCCUCCGCGUGUUACAUUCAUGUGUCAAGUAGUCGCUACGAUUUGGGCUUGCUUUGUGCAAAUCGCAGUCAUGAACUGGACACUAGGAAAUAUUGAAAAUGUUUGCACCUCUGAUCAAUCAGCGCAUUUCACGUGUCCCAACGGGCGAGCAUUUUUCUCUAAUAGCAUUACAUGGGGUGUGAUCGGCCCGCAACGAAUGUUCGGACCUGGCGCAAUCUACAACAGCAUCCUAUGGUUCUGGCUCCUGGGCGCUCUCCUCCCAGAAACUUUUUGCAUUUUGAUGCGGGUAUUUCCACGAUCAAAGGCUAGACUCCUCAACGCGCCAGUAAUGCUGGGUGCCAUGUCCUGGAUACCUCCCGCAACUCCCUUGAGCUACUUCUCCUGGGUUAUUUUCGGUCUCAUCUUCAACUAUUGGAUCCAUAAACGAUGGCGUGGCUGGUGGCACACUUACAAUUACAUCACGGCUGCAGGACUUGACACUGGGCUUAUUCUUUCUACUAUUGUGGUCUUCUUCGCGAUCACGUUUGCGGAUGCUUCGUUGCCUAAUUGGUGGGGAAAUACUGCCCCGUUCGAAACUAUGGACUAUCUUUACAGUGCAGUUAGAAAUACGGUCGCGGAGGGAGAAAUAUUUGGACCAGCGAGGUGGUGA